GCUCUACUCUGUUGGUCACUGCUUUGUUUAUCUUGGUCAUCCAAUGUCCUGGAGGAACAACAGCCUUCCCAACAAUGCCUCUCUCCAGCCUCUUUGCCAAUGCAGUAGUAAGAGCCCAGCAUCUCACCUGCUUGCCACAGAUACCUUCAAAGAAUUUGAGCGCUCCUACAUCCCAGAUGACCAACGGCAGUCCAACAAGAACUCUCAGUCUGCCAUUUGUUCCUCUGAAAACAUCCCUGCACCCACAGGAAAGGACGACGCACAACAAAAAACAGACAUGGAGUUGCUCAGGUUUUCGCUCACCCUCAUUCAGUCAUGGCUAAGUCCUGUACAGCACCUCAGUAGGAUGUUCACUAAUACUCUGGUCUUUGGUACAUCAGAUAGAGUCUAUGAAAAACUUCAGGACUUGGAACAAGGAAUUCUGGCUCUGAUGAGGGAACUGGAGGAUGGGAGCUCUCGGGGACUUCAGCUUUUCAGACCUAUUUAUGAGAAGUUUGAAUCCAAUCUCCGGAACGAAGGCUCGUUGCUGAAAAAUUACGGUCUCCUGUCCUGCUUCAAAAAGGAUCUGCAUAAGGUGGAGACCUACUUAAAAGUGAUGAAAUGCAGGCAUUUUGGGGAAAUUAACUGCACAAUCUGA